ACUAUAAUUCUAAGGGAGUUUUUGACUUUGAAUAACAAUAAAAUUAUAUUAUAUACAAUCUUCAAUUCGAUCUUUGUUAAAUAGUUAUUUGGUGAAAGGUGUUUUCGUUUUAAUGUACAUUAGUGCCAGUGGUAUGAAGUUAUUUAGUGUUACUUCGAUAAAAUGUCUAACUUAAUUCAGUCAUACGAGCAGCAGUACUCUGUGCUAACAGCUGAUAUUACAGCUAAAAUAGGGCGAUUAAAAUCUGCUAACGAAGACGAUCGCGAUCAUUUGUCAAGAGAAAUCCAGUCAAAUUUCGAAGAAGCCAAUGAUUUGCUUGAACAGUUGGAGUUGGAAUACAGAGGCGCUGGCUCUGGGUCCAGAGUAGGAGCCUACAGAGCUGAGCUUCAGCGAGUCAGAGAGGAAUACCGAUCUGUUGCGAACAAUAGUGCAGCUUAUAAUAUAGACCAAGAGGAGUACGAUGAUUGGUCGAUGGUUAACGACCAGCGGCGGAAGCUACUAGAUAAUACUGAACGACUAGAGAGAUCCGGCAAGAAUCUCACCGAGGGAUACAAGGUGUUGCUGGAAACUGAACAGAUUGGGGCUGCAGUACUUCAAGACCUAAACGACCAGAGGGAAACAAUUCAGAGGUCCCGAGGGCGGCUGCGGGAGACGGACGCGCAGCUGAACCGCUCGUCGCGGCUCAUGAACAGCAUGCUGAUGCGGCUGCUGCGCGAGCGCGCCGUGCUGGCGCUGCUGCUGCUGGCCACGCUGGCGCUGGGCGCGGGCGCGCUGUACGCGUACGCGCCCUAGCACGAGGAGCCGGGGCACGUCUGCGUGCUCCGCCGGCCCGCCGACACCGGCUCCGUCGGGCCGCUGGCCAGCUUCUGCAUCGGGCUCGUGGCGGGCUCGGUCACCACUAUGACGGCGGUCUACUUCGUCUACAUGUUCCGGCGGCUCGAGAACCUCAUGAACGUGGUGCUGAACCGCGACGAGCGCAUGUGUCUGCGAUGGCUGUUCUCCAUGUAGACGGGCCGGUCGCCGGACGGAGAAGCUUAUAACGAUUUCAUUUGCCCUCGUACCUGACGCCGACGCCUGACGACUGGAUACCGAUGAUACUGCUCCAUGUAUAAAAUAUUCUUCAUUAAUGAUGAUAAAUAAUUAACCAGUUCGAUCAAACUGUUAUGAUAUAGAUAAUAUGCUAUUUAAAUUAUUACCUGAACUCGUUGCGAAUGUCAUUUGUCGUCCCGCCUUUAUGGCGCCCGACCGGCGCUGAGCACGCUGCGAUGCGAUCUCCUUAAUCUUAAUCAGUCGAAAAUAUAAUAAUAUUUAAGGAAACUAAUUCCAUUGUUAAGUUUUAUUUUUAAUCGACUCACUGUAUUUAAUAUGUGUCUAUAAUCACAUUUUAUUCAGUCUAUUGACAUUAGAUGUAAGAUAUUUACAUUGUUUAUCUGUGAUCAUUUGCAUUAUAGUUCUCAUGUUUGUAUUUUUUUUUGUUUUAUUAAAGUUAAAACAUUAUUUCUGAGACAAUUUAUUUACUUAAAAUAAUAGAGAUUCAUAUUCUAUACGUAAUAUUCUGCGAAAAGUUACAGUGAAAACACAUAGUGUAGAUUUAUUAUGAAAUCUCAAAUUCUGAAAAUUACCAGAACAUCCAAAGCUGGCUGCCAACGGCUUAAAGAUAUCUAUAAAACCUUUUUCGAGUAGUUAAUUUGUAAUUAAAAACUAAUUUUAAGGUUAUUUAUUUGUUAAUUGUAAAUUAUUUUAAUAUAUCUUAGUUGUAAUUUCCAUAUUAUAAUCAUAGCUAAAGCAAAAUAUUAACAUAGAUAUACAUAAAGUAAUCAAUAAUCCAAUUUAAAUUUUCAAGGCCAAAUGUAAUUGUGGCCAUAGACAUUUCUAUCCAUAGAUAAGUAAUCUUUCAUUAUAUAUCUCAUUAUCUCAUACUAGGUGAUUAGCGGCAGGGAUCGGAAUUAUAUUAAAAUUUAAUAAAAGGCUCAUAUCUAUAAAUACUAUUUAUAUAAUGUUGUAUAGACGGCUAUCAUACGUCAAAGUUCUUAAGUGUCCCACUUCUGGGUAAAUACCGCUCUUGUAAUCAUAUCAGUAUGUAGCUUGUUAAUACUAGGAAGAGAAGUGGUAACAGCUACACAUAGAUAGUGGAAAUGUACGAGUUUACUUGGUGGUAUCUUAGAUAUCUAAGUUGGUAGAUUAUUGUACAUGGAAAUGUUUAUCUUUUUUCCAAUGUCAAUGUCUAUGGUUGGUAAACAUGUUUGCCAACACUAAGACUGACUCGCUCAGUGUAUCAAUUUUUAAAUGAUAGCUAACACAUGACAUUGACCGAUCCCUGUUCAGUAGAAAUAUUAAUAAUUUAUGGCUUUACUAAUAAACGUUGCUUAUCGGCUGUUUAGUUGAACACUGAUUUGUCUCUUUGUAUCAUUACCGUUUGACAUUCGAAAGAAGAAGACGCAUCAUUGUUUAACUAUUCGCCAGCUAAACAACGGUUUUUAGUGAGCCACUCUUAUCAAUUAUCAUAUUAAUGUGUAGUAAAUAAGUGGAUCUUCGUAAUAUCGCUACUGUCUUUAUAGUUCACUAUGUUCAUUUAAUUUCGUUUAUAUUAUAUGUAUAUCUGUUUUAUUAUUUUGAUGAGAGACUGUCAUAUACUAUAGCUAGAAAAUUGUAGGUAGAUACUUAAAUUCACGCUAAGCUUCUGUUUAUAUGAUAAUAAAUUUACGAU